UGGGGAGGACUUCUCCCUCCCCUCUCUCAGCCCUCCACAUACAAAUUCAUUAUCUACCCCGCCGAGAGCAAUACAUAGACACCAUGGAGUCCCUCUUGACAGAGGCUGAGCUUGCCAUGUCCACCAGUAGCUGCAGCUUUGCAGACAGAUGCGUCUCCGUGCUGUGCUGCAAGUUCUGUCAACAAGUGUUAAGUUCAAGGGGCAUGAAAGCUGUGCUCCUGGCUGAUACAGAGACAGAUCUCUACUCCACGGACAUCCCUCCCACCAGUACUGUUGACUUCAUUGGAAACUGCUAUUUCACAGAAAUCUGCAAAUGUAAACUGAAGAAUGUUGCUUGUUUGAAAUGCGGUAAUGUUGUAGGUUACCAUGUGAUUGCUCCAUGCAAACCUUGCUUGCUCUCCUGCAACAAUGGACACUUCUGGAUGUUUCACAGCCAGGCUGUUUUUGGAAUUAACAGACUGAAUUCCUCUGGUACAAAUUACCUGCUCUGGGGCAACUUGCCAGACUUAGAAGAAAGUACAGAUGAAGACACGUCCAGCAUCUCUGAAGAAGAAUACAUCAGAUAA